CAAUCUAUUUAUCUGUCUAGGAAGUAGGUCGGCCUCACAUCUUCUCCAUCUUCUUCUUCCAUUUUCAACUUUCGCUUUUUAUUCCUUGCUCAAUAGAUAAAGUUAGUUUUUUUUUCCGGGAUCAAACAGAGAUAUUACGUAAUUUACCCAUUAAAACAGGGAGACGAGAUUAUAUAUGGCGACGGUGCUUCAUCCAGUCUCCAACACUUUACCACCCACAGCCACUACCAUUACCUCCAAAUCAAUGGCCUAUAAGGAAGUCGAAUCAUGCUCAACAAUGGCGGAGCUUAAUGAGGUCCAUGCACAAACCAUAAAGCUUGGUCUUUCAAGUGAUAACAAUGCAAUGGGCAGAGUUAUCAAGUUCUGUGCUAUAUCUGAAUCAGGAGACUUAAACUAUGCCCUCAAAGUGUUUGACACUCUGCCUGAACCAGACACCUUCAUAUAUAACACUAUUAUCAGAGGGUACUUAAAAAGAGGGCUUCCUAAACGUGCAAUUGUUUUUUACUCCCAGAUGUUGAUGACCUCAGUCUGGCCUAAUAGCUUUACUUUCCCUCCGCUAAUCCGAUGUUGUUGUCUCACCAAUAUGACCGGAGAAGGAAAGCAGAUACAUGGUCACGUGAUAAAGUUUGGUUUUGGGUCUGAUGGGUUUUCCCAGAACAAUCUGAUUCACAUGUAUGGAAAUUUCAAUUGCUUGGAAGAAGCCAGUAAGGUGUUUGAUGGGUUGCCUUGCAAAGAUGAUGUUGCUUGUACAACAUUGAUAAGUGGGUAUGCACAGUGGGGGCAUAUUGACGAAGCUUCAAGUGUUUUUGAGUCAAUACCAGAGAAAAAGAAGAACUCCAUUUGUUGGAAUGCCAUGAUUUCAGCAUAUGUCAAGAAUGACAGAUUUCAUGAGGCAUUUGCUUUAUUUGAGAGGAUGCGAGCUGAGGGCGUGCCAGUUGAUAAGUUUGUUGCUGCAAGCAUUUUGUCAGCCUGUGGAGGACUAGGAGCUUUAAAGCAAGGGGAAUGGAUCGUGGAACACAUCAAUAAAAGCAACAUUAAUGUCGUGGAUGACUCCAAGUUGGCUAAUAAGAUCAUUGAUAUGUACUGCAAGUGUGGAUGUUUGGGUAAGGCAUUUAAUUUUUUUAAUGUUCUGCCAAGGAAAGGGAUAUCUUCCUGGAAUUGCAUGAUUGGAGGGUUUGCAGUGCAUGGUAGAGGAAAGGAAGCAAUUGAUCUUUUCAAAGAAAUGGAAAGGAAGGGGCUGGUUCCGGAUGAUGUUACCUUUGUGAAUGUACUCAGUGCAUGUUCUCAUUCAGGGUUGAUUGAAGAAGGGAAGUUUUACUUUGAUUAUAUGAACACAACCUACAAGAUUGAGCCUAGGGUUGAGCAUUACGGAUGUUUGGUUGAUAUGUUCGGAAGAGCCGGAUUACUAAAUGAAGCAAGCAGAGUUAUAGAGCAAAUGCCUUAUAUGAGUAGUCCGAAUGUAGGUGUCAUGGGUGCCCUUCUUGGUGCCUGUAAAAUCCACAAUGACAUCGAUUUAGGUGAGCAGUUCGGUCGGACAGUGAUUGAGUUGGAUCCUCACAAUAGUGGCCGCUACAUUUUGCUGGCUAAUCUAUAUGCCAAUGCUGGUAGAUGGGAAGAUGUUGCUGAAGUGAGAAAGCUGAUGAAUGACAGAGGGGUGAAAAAGUCUCCAGGCUACUCGAUGAUUGAAGUGGAGGGAGGUGUGGUUGAUGAGUUCAUUGCAGGAGGAAUAACUCAUCCCCAAGCCCAGGAAAUAUAUGCUAAAGUUAAUGAAAUGCUCAACAGAAUUAGAUCUGAAGGCUAUGUUCCUGAUGAAACAGAUGGUGUGUUACUUGGUAUCAGUGAAGAGGAGGAAAUGGGAAACCUGAUAACGAACUACCAUAGCGAGAAAUUGGCAAUUGGGUUUGGAUUGUUGAAGACUAAACCUGGUGAAAUUAUUCGGAUCACUAAAAAUCUGAGAGUUUGUAGAGACUGUCACAGAGUUAGCAAGCUAGUAUCGAAACUCUACGAUCGAGAAAUCAUUGUAAGGGAUAGGAAUCGGUUCCAUCAUUUCAAAGGAGGAGAGUGUUCUUGUAAUGACUACUGGUAAAGAACUGGAAUGUUUAUCUUCUUUGAAUCUGAAAUGUAUCUUAUAUAUAUAUAUAUAUAUAUAUAUAUAUAUAUAUAUAUAUAUAUGUAUGUAUAUAUAUAUAUAUCUGAGAAACAUGGACUGUAGCUACUAGAGAAGGUUUCAACUCCUCAUCAUCAUCAUUACCCCAGUUCCGCAAAGGCUCCCACCUACGGUGGGAUAAGGGAGUCGGAUGUACGAAGCUUUACUCCUGUACUAAAGCAUAGAGAUACUGUUUCCGGAUGACCCUGCGAAAAUUACGUCGAAAAUUGCAUGAAAUGACUGCUUAUUGAUAACAAAGAAGCACGGACAGUUUAGUGAGUCACUUUGCUUUAUUCGUUCAUAUUCUCAAGCCAAAAAAUAUUGAAUUUUUGGCUCCAUUGCAAAUGAUAGAAAAAGAGUGGCUGUGGAAGUGUUGGUCAUGGCGGCACGGUGGCAUAUGGCCGUGAUGGGUUAGGGUGCUCUCUGUGUGUGGUACUUUUCUCGACUUUUGAGUUCCGUUAGAUCCUUUAUGAGCAUAUUCAAUAGUCCAAUGGAGAUUUGUGGAUUGCCAAAGAUACAAAUUAGAGGUUGAUGUAAAAAGAAGAAAAGAACCUUCUCCAAUGCAAAUAUCUAUUAAUUGUGAUGCUGAUUUGAAAUUCUAAAAAAGCCACCCUAAACUUCAGCAUCUGAUUUCAAAAGCCUGCUAAAUAUGCUGACUCAGCAAAAAGUUCUCUCGAUAGAAAUCCCUUUUGAGGGUAAAUCAGUAGUAUAUGACAGCAAAAAAUGUGUGAAGUUCUAAAGGUGCGAUGCUUCACCAAGGAAAAGCCAGAAAAGAGAAAACAAAGAUUUUUUCCCAAACCUCUAUCUUCUUCAAUCUUCUCCAAACUGCUUCAAACUUAUCCAGGUAAUAUUUUUUAAACUUUCUCCUUUUAAUUUGGUCAUGGUUGGCUGCAUACAGG